GCUAACGUUACGCCAUGUUGAGGAGAAACAAAAGAACCGAGAAGUCAACAACGUUAGCGUCAUAGCUUUCCAUAAACACACUAGUUAUACAUGUUUUUUAUUGAAAAAUGCAGUAGCAUGCAGUUUUAUGGUUAUUAAUCUGAGUACUGGAGAUAUAAUGCCGUUACCCCUUACAAACCAGGUGCAGGCGUCUCCACCAGCGCCAAAGCACUUUGGGAUCACGUCGCCUAUCAGCCUGGCCCCGCCGAAAGAGGCGGACCUGAUGCUCACACGGAAGCUGGUGGAGGCGCUCAAGCCCUACGGCGUGUUUGAGGAAGAACUGGAGUUACAGCGCAGGAUUUUGGUUUUGGGCAAAUUGAACACUUUGGUUAAAGAGUGGAUCAGAGACAUGAGUGAAACUAAGAAUUUGCCUGCAUCUGUGGUAGACAAUGUUGGAGGGAAGAUAUUCACCUUUGGUUCCUACAGGUUAGGAGUUCACACAAAAGGUGCGGAUAUCGAUGCCCUCUGCGUUUCUCCACGUCAUGUGGAGAGGUCGGAUUUUUUCUCCUCGUUUUAUGAGAAGUUGAAGGAGCAAGAGGAAGUUAAAGACUUGAGGGCAGUGGAGGAGGCUUUUGUUCCUGUAAUAAAAUUGUCCUUUGAUGGCAUUGAGAUUGACAUACUGUUCGCCCGAUUAGCGCUUCAGACCAUCCCAGAAAAUCUUGACCUUCGAGAUGACGGCUUACUACGGAAUUUGGACAUCCGCUGUAUAAGAAGUCUUAAUGGUUGCCGUGUGACUGAUGAAAUACUACACUUGGUUCCCAACAUAGAAAACUUUAGACUGACCUUGAGGGCCAUAAAGCUGUGGGCCAAACGUCACAACAUCUACUCCAACAUCUUGGGCUUCCUGGGCGGGGUGUCAUGGGCCAUGCUGGUGGCCAGGACCUGCCAGCUGUACCCCAACGCUGUGGCCUCGACGCUGGUGCACAAGUUCUUCCUCGUCUUCUCGAAAUGGUAA